AGAUCGUACGCGAGUAGUUGCAGUCGGUUCGUGGCACAGAUCACACUGAUUUUGUGGUGCAGAGAACAUUUCUAAAAGUUUCAAAAAUGCCUCCCAGAAAACAUAAAAACAAGAAGAGUCAUCACCAACGACAACAACAGCAGGUAAACAAAUCAAACAGUUCAAAAAAAGAAACCUCAAAUAUUAGAAAGGAGAGUGAGGACUAUGAAACGACAAACAUACAAUUACCGUAUAAAUUGGAACACUCAAACAUUGUUGGACGUUAUCUUGUAGCAAGUCGAGAACUUAAGGCAGGAGAAUUAUUAAUAAUCGAAGAACCUUUGGCCAUCGGGCCUUGUGUGUCUUCUGAUGCAGUGUGUUUAGGCUGCUACAAGCCAGUCAAGCUAAAUGGUGUACAAUAUAGGUGCACUUCUUGCUGCUGGCCAUUAUGCAGUGUAAAAUGUAAAGGAUUAUACGCGGCAACUGGUCACACCAUCGAAGAAUGUGAUUUAUUAAAAGCGCAGAAAAAUACUACGUCUCUCUCAGCUACUACAUCCGCCACAAUAGUCAAAAAUUUGUAUGAACUCAUUUUGAUUGUGCGCAUAUUACUGAUGAAACAGCACUCUCCUGAGAAAUACGCAAAAAUUAUGCUCAUGGAAUCACAUUCGGAACUGCGUAAACAGAAUGCGGACUUGUGGCAACAUUACCAACAAAAUGUGGUGACUAAGUUGCUCGAUGAAUGGCAUAUGGCCUCAUAUACUGCGGAUGAGAUUCACACUGUUUGUGGUAUUUUAGAUGUGAAUUGUUUUGAAAUUGGACAAAAUUCGGCCAAAGCCCGAACUCUUUACCCUAAUGCAUUUUUGCUUGCACACGACUGCAGUCCAAAUACUUCACAUACAGAUGAUCCAAACACAUUUGCAAUCGUUUUGCGCACUUCGCGACAUGUACAAAAGGAUGAAGCACUUACAUUGAGUUAUGCAUAUACACUACAGGGAACUUUGAAACGGAGAGACUUCAUGCAUGCUGGAAAGCUUUUUUGGUGUUUCUGCCAGCGUUGUAGCGAUCCGAUGGAGUUGGGAACAGAUUGUAGUGCUAUUAUAUGUGCUAAAUGCAAGAAGGGUUCACUAAGGUCAUCUGAUCCUUUAAAUCAAGAUGCAGACUGGAUAUGUGAUAAUUGUGAUAAUACUUUGAUUAGCAAAGACUUAGUAAAUCUGUUAGAUAAAAUUAAUGAUGACUUGGAAUCUAUUGAUGUGCACGAUGUUUCUGGGUUAGAAAACUUCCUGAAAAGGUACAGUGAGAUACUCCGUUUCAAUCAUUAUUUGUUACUUUCUGCAAAAUAUUCACUAUGCCAAAUUUAUGGUCGCAUCGAAGGUUAUUUACUGAACAAUAUGUCGUUUGAAGACAUAAAGCGCAAGGAGAAGUAUUGUCGUGAAUUUUUAGCAGUGAUCGAUAUCUUAGAGCCAGGACUUACCCGUUUAAGAGGGCUUAUAAUGUAUGAAUUGCACGCUCCGAUUAUGCUGUUAUCCCGACACUUGAUGCAAAAUGGUUUGAUAAGCAAAACUGAGUUUCACCGAAACAUUCAAGAAGUGACUAAUCUCUUACGCCAAAGCCACGAAAUUUUGGAAAUGGAACCCCCUGGAUCUAGUGAACAUCAAAUGGGACUAGCAGCAGCAGACGCAUUAAUAAAAAUGGGUUGCAAAUAGAUGUUGAUAUAUGUAUAUUCAAAUAACUGAAACUAAUUUUAACAAUUGGUUUUUAAUUAAAUUUUUUCUUAGCAUU